GUCCGAUCUCGGGCAGCAGGGUAUACGACUGCCGCCAGAGCGAAAGAGAUGGGGCGAAUUUUAACGCGGCGAGUGCCAACCGCGCACCGACAGCCCUGGUUGAUAAUGUGCACUGCGCGUGAUGUUGGUAGCCUCAGACCAGUAGUAGCACCACCCCGUGAUAGGUAGGGCCGCCCGUGUGUGUGAGUGUGUAGCGUACGUGUUCGCCGCCUGCCUCCAGAACGUACGGUUUCGAUGGUGCUCCUGGUGGGUGCACGUAGACCACAGCGGACAGACACCUACCUCUCGCCCCGAGCAUCCCCUUUCCCCGUUGCGGCGGGCGGGCUCAUCAGUGUGUAACGGGGUGCGGUUCCGGUGUAGCUACACCCCAACACCCCGAGCGCGGAGGGAAGCUGUAAUUUGGACCGAGCAGCAGCAGCGGCGGGCUUUGCAACAAUCCGACCAACCUUUCGGGCAGGUGGACGGUGCUAAACAAAGAAGAGAACCGUUUCCUAUCGAUUCUGGAUGGCCCCAGUCCUCAGCAAUCAAACGGGAGCCGUGUGUUUAUGAAGCAAAACCAAACAAGCGAACCCAACAACACACCGAUUUGACUCUCAUCACACACCUGCAGCAAGCAAGGGUGCAGCAGCACCCUUUCGAGACGCACACCGGGAUCCAGCACGUCCUUAGUGCGCUCAUUGGUCGCUGUACAACGAUGCGACCAAAGCGAACUUAAAGCCUGUUUCGUCCUGCGCUUGAUGGUUUGCCGAGUAGCAGCAGCAGCAGAAGCAGCAGCUCUGCUCACAAUAUUCUUAACCGACGCCGUCCAAGCCAGGGCAUAAGCUACACGUGUGUGUGUGUGAGAUUGAGAGAUAGACACGUCCCUGUUUCUUGCGCGCCCCUCCGGCUCAAAAAAAAGCAAAACGUAAAUAAAACCGAACACCACGCCAGCAAACCCAAAGCCGACCGAGCGAUGCUCAACUCCACCAGCAAGCACAUCCUGCACUGUGCGCUACUGUUCGGGCUGCUGAUCGUGUUCGAGAUCUUCUGCGGCGGCAUCAAGGUGACGGAGAGCGCGUUCGUCGCGAUCGACCCGUGGGAGGAGUAUGGUACACUGCUAACGAUCGUCCUGUACCUGCUCCGGCUGCUCACCUUCCUGACGCUGCCGCAGGUGCUGUUCAACUUCUUCGGGCUCGUCAUCUACAAUGCGUUCCCGGAGAAGGUGGUGCUCAAGGGAUCGCCCCUGCUCGCCCCGUUCAUCUGCAUCCGGAUCGUGACGCGCGGCGACUACGCGGAGCUGGUGAAGACGAACGUGCUGCGCAACAUGAACACCUGCCUGGACACCGGGCUGGAGAACUUCCUGAUCGAGGUGGUGACGGACAAGCCGAUCGGGCUGCCGAAGCACCGGCGGACGCGCGAGAUCGUCGUGCCGAAGGAGUACAAGACGAAGACGGGCGCGAUGUUUAAGGCGCGGGCGCUGCAGUACUGCCUAGAGGAUACGGUGAACGUGCUGAACAACAACGACUGGGUGGUGCACCUGGACGAGGAGACACUGCUGACGGAGAACAGUGUGCGCGGCAUCAUCAACUUCGUGCUGGACGGGAAGCACCCGUUCGGGCAGGGGCUGAUCACGUACGCGAACGAGAAUGUGGUCAACUGGCUGACGACGCUCGCCGACAGCUUCCGGGUGUCGGACGAUAUGGGCAAGCUGCGGUUGCAGUUCAAGAUGUUCCACAAGCCGUACUUCAGCUGGAAGGGUAGCUACGUGGUGACGCAGGUUCACGCGGAAAAGGCAGUUUCGUUCGACAACGGCAUCGACGGCUCGGUGGCGGAGGAUUGCUUCUUCGCGAUGCGCGCCUUCGCCCAGGGCUACACGUUCAACUUCAUCGAGGGCGAGAUGUACGAAAAGUCCCCGUUCACGCUGACCGACUUCCUGCAGCAGCGCAAGCGCUGGCUCCAGGGCAUCCUGCUCGUCGUCCGCUCCACCGAGAUACCGCUGCGGAACAAGGUGCUGCUCGGCAUCAGCCUCUGCUCCUGGAUCACGAUGCCGCUCUCCACCUCGAACAUGAUCUUUGCCGCGAUCUACCCGAUCCCGUGCCCGAACCUGAUCGACUUCGUGUGCGCGUUCAUCGCCGGCUUCAACAUCUACAUGUACGUGUUCGGCGUGAUCAAGUCGUUCUCGCUGUACCGGUUCGGGCUGGUGAAGUUUCUCGCGUGCGUGCUCGGCGCCCUGUGCACCAUCCCGAUCAACGUGGUGAUCGAGAACGUGGCCGUCAUCUGGGGGCUGGUCGGGAAGAAGAACAAGUUCUACGUGGUGCAGAAGGACGUCCGGGCGCUCGUCACCGUCUAAGGCGCCGGGGAUGGCGGCCGGGGGUGGAGCGUAUGGUACAUGGUGUGUGGAUGGAGGGAAGUUUGCCGCGGUUCGCGGUCACCACACCUUUGCGUGUGCGCACGCCUCCCGCGUCGUUCACUGUUGGUGUGUCGAGAUCUCGAAAGCGUAAUGAUGAUGGGGAGUUAGUUUUUACGUGCGACACGCUCUUAGCGGUUAAGAUUUUUCUCCUUUUCGUUACCUCAUUCUAACUCCCCCCUCCUCUCCCAGGCAAAUGUACGCUACUUUACGGUGCGACUUCUGGCGCGCUACGUUCAGUGCAGAUACAAACGCGUUUUGGGCACUCUCAUACUACUGGGUGGCGCAUUGUGCUCCCCUUCUUCCCUUCUAUCUUCUCGUGUGUGUGUGCGCGCGCGCUUGCGAACCGGACAGAAUAGUAGUAAACUCGUUCAUCGGCACAUCACCGCUUCAACGCUUCAAGCAACUCCAGCACACCCCAAAAGGGCAGCACACCUUUUGGCGACGCUUGCGAGCAGGAAGCAGGAACAGUGCCGGAGGGGGGAAAAAGGGCGUAGAUUAGCUCUUAGCACCCGUCAAACACAGACCAAUAGUCCGGUUCUGCAAAGGUGGCGCAAAGCAGCACGAGCCCAAGCACUCCCACUCACAAACACCACUAAAGCGGGCAAAGGAUACGGUCGAAAAGCAAUUUUUAACGCGUAGCAUUACUAAGAGAGAGCACCAUUCUUUAUAUCAAAGCAAACGGGAAAACGGAAACGGAAGGAGGGGGGGGGGAUGAAAGGAUUAUAGCUAAAUAUCGGUAUUUUGAAUAUACAUUUAAAAAAAAAUCAAGGCGACUGACAACGGUCCCGCUACAGCAAAAACCCAGUCUCUAAAGAUAUUAAUGCAAGCAAAACACAAACAAACGUACCCGUGCGGACGGGGCGACAUAUCCUCCCGGUGUAUGUUCGCCGUCCGGCACUGCGUGUAAGCGCCACACGGCGAGCGGGCAGCAAAAAGAGUUCAUGUAGCAAACAAACAAACAAAACUGAUAGCGAAGCAAAGUGGGCAAACUUGUAAGGAAAGUAGAGGUCGCAGCCCCCCACACACCGCCGCCACUCGCCCGCACUGGACGAUUCUAACCAUCAAUGAUCACUACCUCUUCUUUUUUUCUUAUGUUUUCCUCACGCUGCGGAGAGGACGAACCCGGGACAAAACGAAAAUCGAACAGGGAAGCAACAAGCAUUUGCUUGUAUUUGUCAUGAUAUUAAAACGAAAUGGGUUUUGGUUUUAUCCCCUCCCCCCCUCCCCUUGCUAGAGUAGUGCGCCUGGCGGGCAGACAGAUAGAUUUAGCGCCCCACGUGAUUGGUGUGCUGCAUCACCCUAUAUCUAGUCCUUUGAUUCUGAGACGAGGAUACACAACAAUUCACACACACACACGCAACGCCAGCGCACAAGCGUUGACCCACAAUGCAGACCAUCCUUCUGGUCCGACCGAUAUAUUAUCGGUGUUUCCUGUCGUUCUGCUCGCGCAGCAGACGACGCUUGCGACUGCCGCGACCAUGUUGAUGGGAACAGCAAACAUACAAAAAGCGCGAUUCACGAGCGUUUUGCUUUGUUCAUUAUUAUUAUUAUUAUUAUUAUUAUUAUUUUCUUAGUUUAUUCGGGAUGUAUUUUUUAGGUUAAUCGUCACAAUGUGUGACACACAUUAGCAGCUGAUGCGAGGAAUACACCACGCUCGGGCUGAUAAUGGUUCAGAUUUUAAAAUAUUCUUAACGAAACCAAAAAACUUACUUCAUUUAUAGUUCACUGCAAGCUCGAGGCUGUCGUUGCAAAUUGCAUUUGUGACACAAUUGGGCCGCAGCACACACUCGUGCUUGGGCUUUCCUGCGAACUGAAUUAGCUGUUUGCACUUUUUCAUUAUUUCCUCCCCCCCCCCCCCCCGCGCCUCAUGUACUCUCCUGACUUAGAAUAGACCACUCAUCAUAGAAUUGCAAACGAAAAACAAAAAAAGAAACUAUGAUUUAGUACGUAAGCAAUCAACUCCAUUACAGAAUUGCAGCGUUGACGGCAAACGGACAAAACAAAACAAAAGAAAGUAUGAUCUAGCAUGUAAGCAAUUAGGCUGUCAGUGUUAAGCAAAUCACGACCCCGCACCACCGUCAUCCCUUCCCCCCUCAAAAAGCAAAGGCUCAAAAGGAAAGCUAAGCAGGAGUAGAUUCUUUUUUUUUUGUUACGAAAUGCGCGCUAUUUAAGUUGUUUAUUGUUGUUGAAACUGCUAUUUUCAGCCGACAAUAGGUCGGCAUUCGGUGACUUUUGCUAAAUUGACCCGUUACUCUGCUGAUCGAGCCAACCGUUGGAACGGUAUUUUAGGCCGAGCCCUGUGAAUGAACUGCCGGGGCUCUCUAGUUUACGUUUAAAUAGAUUUGUUUCGACUAAUCGGAAAACGGAAUCUCGAUUCGCCUCGCUUGGAGCGGCAUUUUUUUUUUUUU